UUGAUUUUAUAUCUUCUUCCUCUUCCUCUAUAUAUAUUAACAGUUUUAGUGAUUUUAUAUCCCAACCGUGUUUGGUGCGUGAGCCUCGGCCUCCCCUAUUAUUAUCAUUAUUAUAUGAUACGAAUAGUAUUACUAAUAGUAAUCUUGGGAUUUCAAUUGCAAAGUCCAAGCUAGCUUCCGAGUCUCAGUCAAGAAUACCUUCUGCCGCCUUGGUCAACCUUCGCCGUCGAUCUCCCGCCAUGGCCGAUACACUCCCCAACGCCGCUGGAUCUUCUUACCAUCUUCGCCACGUCCACUCUAUGUCCUCCGCCGCCUCCCGAUCGAAUACCGUCAUCCUCGGCGACGCCCUUGCUUCCGAGGAGCACGAUCUCGUCGUCUCCAAUCCGGAUUUCUCUGCCCAGGCUCUCGUUCCCUCCCCCGACAAGUAUCUCGAAAUGUACAAACGGUCCAUUGAGGACCCUGCCGGAUUCUGGUCCGACAUUGCUUCCCAGUUCUACUGGAAACAGAAAUGGGGGACGCCAGUUUACUCUGAGAAUUUCGACGUUCGCAAGGGCAGGAUCAACAUUGAGUGGUUCAAGGGCGGGAUGACCAACAUAUGUUACAACUGCGUGGAUGCUAACAUUGCUGCCGGUAACGGUGAGAAGAUUGCAAUCUAUUGGGAAGGGAACGAGCUCGGUGUUGACGCCACUCUGACUUACAACCAACUCCUCCACAAAGUUUGCCAGCUUGCAAAUUACUUGAAAGACAUUGGUGUCCGAAAGGGUGAUGCUGUUUUGAUUUAUCUACCCAUGCUCAUGGAAUUGCCCAUAGCUAUGCUUGCUUGUGCUCGCAUUGGUGCUGUUCACUCGAUUGUUUUUGCAGGAUUCUCAUCUGAAUCUCUUUCCCAAAGGAUCGCGGAUUGCAAACCAAAGGUUGUUUUAACCUGCAAUGCUGUAAAAAGAGGACCUAAGGUCAUCCAUCUAAAAGACAUAGUUGACACAUCACUAGCUGACUCUGCAAAGAAUGGCACAGUUGUAGAUGUUUGCUUGACCUAUGCAAAUGAAUCUGCCUUGAAGAAGGAAAGCACUAAGUGGGUCGAGGGACGAGAUAUUUGGUGGCAGGACGUUCUUUCUAAGUAUCCGACUUCUUGUGAUGUGGAAUGGGUGGAUGCAGAAGAUCCACUUUUCUUGCUUUAUACCAGUGGGAGCACUGGAAAACCCAAGGGAGUUCUGCAUACAACUGGAGGGUACAUGGUGUAUACAGCUACAACAUUUAAGUAUGCAUUUGACUAUAAAUCCUCAGACGUAUACUGGUGUACAGCUGAUUGUGGUUGGAUUACUGGGCAUAGCUAUGUCACUUAUGGGCCUAUGCUGAAUGGAGCUACUGUUGUCGUCUUUGAAGGGGCUCCUAAUUAUCCUGAUUCUGGCCGUUGCUGGGACAUAGUUGACAAAUACAAGGUUUCUAUAUUCUACACUGCACCAACAUUGGUACGAUCAUUGAUGCGUGAAGGAGAUGAGCAUGUCAGCCAAUAUUCACGAAAAUCCUUGCGAGUCCUUGGCAGUGUGGGCGAACCGAUUAAUCCAAGCGCAUGGAGAUGGUUUUAUAAUGUGGUGGGAGACUCACGAUGCCCCAUUUCCGACACUUGGUGGCAGACAGAGACUGGGGGCUUCCUGAUCACUCCUUUACCGGGUGCUUGGCCUCAGAAACCUGGUUCUGCUACCUUCCCAUUUUUCGGGGUCCAGCCUGUCAUAGUGGAUGAAAAGGGUGCUGAACUUGAAGGCGAAUGCAGUGGGUAUUUGUGUAUUAAAAGCUCUUGGCCUGGUGCAUUCAGAACACUUUUUGGAGAUCAUGAAAGAUAUGAAACAACUUACUUCAGUGCCUUCCCUGGCUACUAUUUCAGCGGAGAUGGUUGCAGAAGGGACAAGGAUGGUUACCACUGGCUAACUGGCAGAGUUGAUGAUGUUAUUAACGUCAGUGGACAUCGUAUUGGCACCGCAGAAGUGGAAUCUGCCUUAGUCUCACACCCCCAGUGUGCUGAAGCCGCUGUUGUUGGUGUUGAGCAUGAGGUUAAAGGACAAGGCAUAUAUGCAUUCGUUACAUUGGUUGAAGGGGUUCCUUACAGUGAUGAUCUCCGGAAAAGUCUCAUUAUGACUGUGAGAAAGCAGAUUGGAGCAUUUGCAUCUCCGGACAGAAUCCACUGGGCCCCUGGUCUACCAAAGACGAGAAGCGGAAAGAUAAUGAGAAGAAUUUUGAGGAAAAUUGCUUCGCGACAGUUAGAUGAGCUUGGUGAUAUAAGCACACUUGCAGAGCCUGGAGUUGUUGAUCAGCUUAUAGCACUGGCAGAUUCCUGACUUUUUUUUUUAUCAUUUUGUUAUACCAUUUCACUACAGGACCAGUGUUGUUAUACCAUAUUGUUGUAAUAUUUGACUUGUGUAAAUUGGUUGGGGCCAAUAAUAAAUUAUAGUGGAUGAGCUUUGUUUCUAUAAUUAGAUUGUUUGUUGCUACUUUAAAUUGAUAAAUAAAGGUGGGUGUAUUUUUGUUA